GCACGGAGGAUCGGAGCACGUUGCUAGUGGGCGCGGCUGGCCAGGGCGGUGGAGGCCUAGCGCUGGCCUGAGUCCUGCGACACGGCACCCUGCCCCACGCUCGGCCGGGUCGCCUUGGCGAGGCAGCGUCUUCCGGCCCGUUCGGCGGGAUUCCGUGGAGACCCCCCUCCCACAUCCUGAGAGGGGGAAAGAAGAUAAAAUACCAGGCUGUUUCUUAACAUCAUCAAUAACUCUCUGUAGAAGCUGAAAUCCAUCACCAUCCUUCAAAAUGCAAUGGAAUGUACCACGGACUAUGUCUCGGCUGACACUCAGGACAUUCUUGGAACCACUGAAAGCCAAGCUCUCUGAUCACCACGGGAGCAUAAAAGGACCCUUACCUUGGCAUAGAGAUGAAUACAGACUAGUUUGGACACCACACCUUCGAAAGCAGUGGUUACAUUUACCUGCUGUGCAGUGCCUUGCAAAGCGAAGGAAUCUAUUAAAUGCUCAGCCACCUCAGCAGAGAGUCCUUCACCAGGACCGAUGGGAGCAGGAUAUUUUAGCCAAGAGGGUUUUAUCUUCCAGCGCCACAUCCCAAGAAACUCCAUCAGAAAAGAAGGAAGAGCCAGAUCCUUUACAAGACAAGUCUAUUAGUCUUUAUCAACGGUUUAAGAAAACCUUCAGACAAUAUGGAAAAGUCUUAAUUCCUGUGCAUCUAAUAACUUCUGGUAUUUGGUUUGGAACAUUUUACUAUGCAGCUAUAAAAGGAGUGAAUGUCAUCCCUUUCCUAGAGGUCAUUGGAUUACCUGACAGUGUAGUAGACAUCCUGAAAAACUCCCAGAGUGGAAACGCCCUGACAGCAUAUGCCAUGUUUAAGAUUGCAACACCUGCCCGCUAUACUGUGACCUUGGGAGGAACGUCCUUUACCGUGAAGUAUCUGCGAAGUCAGGGGUACAUGUCAACCCCACCACCUGUCAAGGAGUAUCUGCAGGACAGAAUGGAGGAGACUAAGGAGCUCAUCACUGAGAAAAUGGAGGAGACAAAGGAUAGACUCACUGAAAAAUUACAAGAAACCAAAGAAAAAGUCUCUUUUAAGAAAAAAGUGGAAUAAGAGUGCCUUAUGUAAGAUGUUACAGAAAGCCCCACACUUUAACCCUAGGAGACUGGGGGCAAAGAACAUGUUCGGAAUGUCCUUCUUUCUUUUUUUUUGUUUGCUUGCCUAAAUGUGUAUAUCCUCCGAGGGUUAAAGAACAAAGAGGUUUUUUGUUUUUAAGUUAAAUAACAGUGGAGGGGAAAAAUCAAUGUUUUUCAAAAUGAAAUGAACUCAGCAUACAAAUUUUAUAUAUGAGUUACAGUAAUAAGCAAUAGCUAAUGCCCUCAAAGUCAGAGUUCCUGUUCCAUAGCCUCAGAAUCCAAUCUGCUUCACGGUCUCUGACAUUGCAGUGUGUGUACUGGUCAGUCCACUUAUAGUGUGAAGGCAACUAAGUGCCCAGCUGUGUGGGGUGAGCACCAUUCAGACUCUGGGUAAGAGACUGGAGAAGUUACCUACAAGUUAACAUGUAGCCCUUAGUUCAAAAAGGUUGUAUAAAUCCAGUCUUACAUUUAUUAGUAAGAUAUGUUGGUUAUGUGAUGAAAUGGACCCUGCAAAAUGGUUUUUAACUGGAGCUUGUCAAAAUCACAUUUUUAAAGCAAAUUCUUUUUCAGACUUAACUAUGCAUGGUGAUUGGACACUUGGAUUGUCAGACUUUCUUGUAACUCACUUCUGUCUUCUCCAGCCAAUCUUUGGAAGAAAAUGAAAGUUUUAUAUAAACUUUAUUAUUGAAAUAACAUACAUCAGCAACUCAAGUUCACUCUUCUUAACUCCACCGCUGAUUGGGUAGGAACAAGUCGGUAGCUGCGCGUGCUUGAGAAUGGAGGCUUAUAGUGGGUCCGUGGAGAGCAGGUGAGCAUUGCACCAAGGAGGCUCAUCUCAGAUCGCUCCACUACGUCAGCCCUGUGGGAUUUGGGUCCUUAUAUCCCUGGUCAAAACAAAAGAGGCCGGUCUGUCAUAGGUUCCAUUAGAAUUGUGGUUAGUGUUUGUCAUAUUGGAAGGAAGAAUUCCUGCUUAAAUAGUCUGCUUGACUGUUUCUAGCUUGUAAUGAAUCGGGCUGGCAGGCAACUCCCAUGUCUGCAGAAUGUCUGUGUGUGGGUGCACUCUGAGCUUUCCUUUAGGUCUAUUUAACCCUUGGGUUGACACUGGCGCAAGAAAUGACCUCUAUAGGGCAUUGGUUUUGACUUGCCAUCAGAAGAAUGUCAGAGACCUUGCCAUAGCUGUCCCAUUCAGCCCCUGCUUUGUGACAGAAUUUAUGUCUAAUGCUUAAUUUGGCCAAAUUUAGAGAAUAAGGAGAUAACCUCACAUUUGAGAUAUCUAGUCAUUUUAUUGAAACACUGAAAAUGCUAUGGUCGGAGUCUUCUGGGUUGGAGAAUUACAGAGGAAUUUGUCAUGGGUCUCUGUUCUUUGUGUGUUGGCAGCAUGAUUAAUCUGAGGCAGAGUUCAGUGCACUGCUACAAGUUGAUGGCACCCUCUCAUAUAAGCAGGACAACACACUUUAGCAUGUUUAUUGAACAGGAAGAUAGUAAAUGCUGAUGUAUUAACAUUCACCCCUCCCCCAAACGACCAAGAAUACCAUGCUAAAUGUGAUAAUAUAGAAGUUUUUCUCCUAAGACCUCUUACCAGUCUCGGUGCAUAGGGCAUAUCAUCUAGUGGAGGUAGCUUGAGAGCUCUUAAGACAUUGCUAAUAAUCAUGAGACUGCAACUUUUAUCCCAAGUAGAUAGAUAUCUUCUGCCUAGUCCAUUAGAGUCGCAUCACCCUCCAGUUCUAAGUCUGGGUUGUGUCUCGCCAAUUAUAGCAAAUAAGGAGCUGCUUGUUAUCUGCUUUUAAAUCCAAUGAAAAGGUCCCUAAAGAUUUGAGAAGUUAUAUUGUUACUAUUUGGCAUCAGAUGUCAUAAAAUGCUGUUGUUAAUAUUAUCCUUAAAACAAACAACAACCAACUUGCAGGGGAUCCUGCAAUGUGUUGAUAGCAGACAACAGUACUUGUCAACUUAAAUUAUCAAAAUGUAAAAUAUAGAUUUGUAUAUGCUGAACUGCAUUUUAUUUACAGCAGAUCAUGGGCUUCUCUUAGCUGCAAGGGAAACGAGGAAGCUCCACAUCUGGUGUGCACAUUUAUCCUUUUGAAAAGUACGCUGAUGUCACAGAUGAAGCUGUGACUGAGGUUUUUUUUAAUAGACAGAAAACAUUUGCUUAGCAAAUUAGUAAGUUCAAAAGAAAAUGAAUUAGGUAAGAAGCUUGGUUUGUUAAAGAAUAAGAGUAAAACCUGCCUUUUAAAACAUCACAUCAUUAUUGAGAGCCUUUUGUGCGAAAUGGGGUGCUGUUUGGAUUUCACCAAAGGGAAAAGUUUGUAUAUUGGGAAUAGCCUUCUCCCCACAGUGAAAUAAUAAAACUAAGACUUGAAAUAUUUCCAAGUUUUCCACUUAAAAUCUGCCCCCGUCUUCUCAUUCACAGAUGAAAGAGUGAAGAGCUUUAUGCUCGGGGUGAGCUAGGACUGGGAGGCUGUCUUGUUCCUAGGCCAAAAUUGUAGGGAUUUUAAGCAUCUUGAGCAUGUGUUGAGGGAUACGUAGGUCUCUGUAUUGGAAAUUUGCAGAAGAGGUGUCGGGAAGGCAGUGAGGACGUUGUCACUCAUCCAUUCUUCAAAUAAUAACUGUGCUUGGUCUCCAUUGGCCCAUGUGUAUGUUGUUUACCAGUUUUGUAUUAAGUAGAGGUUCCAUGAGAGAAGGAAGAAGAAAGUCAUAUACCCAAAGGACAGCAAAGUCUGGACCUCGUCCUUCCUGAUGAUUGGAAUGGUCUAAGGACCACUCCUUUCCCAGAAUUUGACCUUUCAUGGCCCCUUUAAGGAAACUUUCUCUUAUACUCUGAGCUUCUCGUAGUUAAAUGCUGAGUUAGGCUUGCUGGAUUGAUUUUUCCCUCUGAGACUUCUAUGACCUUUGAUCAUUCUAACCAGUCAAAACAAGUCUGUGGUUGGCCUGUGUCUCCAGGAUUAAGCUUUGAAAAUUAAGGUCUAUUCUUCCCUAUACAUCACUAAUAGUCACUAAUAGUAAUUACAGAUCCUCAUUAUCCUGUGGCAAUUAUUUGGUUAUUUUGAUAAGAAUGAUCUUCUUAGUAGGAAGAAUGUCGUUAAUUUUAGAGCCCUUGAGGGCAGAGUGGGCCAUGGUUUGUUGUGAGGAUUUGCUUGAAUGACCUUGUUGGGAAGUAGGUAUCAAGUGUAGAAUAUGGCUUCUUACCCAGUGAGCUAAGUGGAAGUACAUCAUGCUGUUUUCUCUGGGAAAUCAGUCCAGUGAACAAACCUUGGUGGUGAGAAGUAUGACUCCAUGCCAAAGUAUGCUUCCUGCUUCCUGAUUUUCCUGAAAGUGUAUUAGAAAGUGUAUUAGCUGGAAACUUUGCUUUUCCCCAUUUACCCACCUCCCUUUGUGCGACCUUUUCUGUCUUGAACUUUGACUAAUUUAAAUGUUAGCAGUCACUGACAUGAGAAGCAAGGACACGUACAAGGAGUGUGUCCAGUGCAAGUCUGCUCAACAGGUCUGUGAGCACAGUUUGGUUCAGGGUGCACAGCAGCACAGCGUUCUUCCAGGGAUUUGAAGCUUCCAGCUGCAGUUGACUGGACCCACCAGUUUCUAGAAACAACAUUGAAACCUAACUUCAUCCUUUUUGUUUUAAUAAGAUGAAAUACACAUAGUAAAAGGCGCUUUCUGCCAUAUUUUGACAAUUCCAUAAAGAUGCUCCACAAAACGGCAAUUCUAUAUCGUCCUUUUCUAGUUAAAUGUUAGCUCUUAAUCCUGGAUUUGAUUUUAGGAAGGGCAGCAAUGUUCAUACAUGAACAUAGUUUAGCUGUUGCCUUGUUUGAGCCUCUGAGUGUUAGACUGGAGAUUUUAUGACAAGCGUGUUUUUACUCAUUUGAAUCCAUACCUCCUCAGGAUUCUUACUGUGGUAUCCAGGUUGUCACUGUUGCUGUUUCUCUCAUCCAUGGGUGCUGGGUGUCCUUACCUGCUUGGUAUUCGGCCGUGGCAGUGUAGUUAUAGGGCCCUGCUGCCCAAGACCUCAGGCAACAAGUACAUUAUUCUGUUUCCUUGGUGAAGCAAAGUCAGGUUAUGGGAGCUUGUGUACUCUGUAUUCUUCUGACCAGUAACAAACAUGUAUGCAUUGCUGCCAAAGUAAAAAAUACUGUCAAGUAUGUCCACAGACCUAAUGCGGUAUUUUUUGAGCAAGCUAUUCACUAAUUGCACUGUUUUGUUUUUAAGAUUGUUAGCUUUUACCUUUGUUUUUACCACUGAUAAUAAUUCAAACCCAAGGCUUAGAGAACUGUGGAAUUUAACACUGAUGAGUCAUGUUAGGACAUUGAAGCCAUGUUUUGGUUAAGAAAAAACCAAAGACCUGUGUGUCUGAAGUUAGCCAGGCAUUACUCAUGUGGUCCCUUUACCCUGUGGCAGGUACUUAAGUAUGCCAGGCCAUGCUCUUGGACUUAAAGGAAAAUAAAAGUCAAGCCAGUUCAUCACAUUUGCCAGUAAUGUAUAGCCUGGCUCUUCUGAUACCAUUCAGCUUUUGGCUGUUAACCUUGUAACGUGACUUCCUUUAGACUCUACUCUGGUCAUCCUCUUUUUAGAGUGAUCUGAAAGGGAGAUAGAAACUAUUUUGUGACCUUAUCCCUUCGUUUUUCCCCUUUAGUUUUGGAUGGGCUGGGGUGGGGAAGCUAAAGGUCCAGUCUCAUUCUGUCCUCCGUCAGCAUCUAGUGAAGUUGGCUUUAGCAAAGCAUUCAGGUUGCAAUUUUCACACAACUAAAUCCAUACUUGAAACUAGUUUCUCUUCUGGUCAUAUAAUAUCUUUUGCCUUUUCCUAAUUACCACAUUUAAAAGUAAUGAAGAAAAACCUUAAUCAAGUCUAGAUUUUAUAUAUUAAGUAUAAAUAGUAAUGUUAAAUAUUUCAUAUAUCAGGGACCACUUGGCCUCAAGAAAUUCUCAGAUUGUCUCCUUUUCCUUCCUCCCAUCCAUGUAUAGUAUUAGAAAGUGCCAUAUUUGAAAGCCGCUGAGACUAAUUUUUCCAUUUAAUUGUUGCCAGUUUCUAGAAGAUCUGAAGCCAUCAGAAACUUGUAUUUAUGGAAAAUUUUGGUGCAGUGGAGUUUAAGAUAUCCUUAGGAAAUACUAGGUUUCAGCAAAAUUGAGUGCUUGCCCUCUGAGUCCCUUGAAAAGGAAGGUUAAAGCUCACGAUUCAUUUGGCCAGAGGGAAGAUUUCCUAUGUAGUAGUCUCAGUACCAUAAAAUGAAAACAAAACUCCAGGUACUUCCACACAACUGUGCAGCAAAGCUUGUGUGUUCUUCACUGCCUUGGCAGAUGUGUGCCUUGUGUGCAGGGACAGCCUCCACAGGACCUGCAUGGAGAAGACAGUGUGUGGUUAAUGUGCCCAUAUCUUCAAGUGGACAGCAAGAACAAUAGGACCUCUUUGGCUAGCAGCUGCCACUUCAUGUGGACACUUAAGGGUGUGGUGGGCUGCUGUCUCUGCCUUAGCUCUGCUUGGCUGAAACAAUUGCACGUGCUCUAUAGAUAGGAGUUUGGAACUACCUCCAGCCAGGGACAUUAAUUACCAGAGGUGAGCUCUCGAACCGUCUGAAGGCUGCUGGGCCCAAGGUCUGAGCUGCUCUUUACCAUAUGUAGCAAAUGUUUACAGAAACAUUUUAAUUAGAAUCUGUGUAAGCCAAACAGAUCAAAACAGUAAAGUGAGGGAAAUCUAACCUGUUUUAAGUAGCAUGUUCACUCAGAAGGCCCAGGGUGAGCUGCUGUCUGAAAAGUCCUUGUUUUCUGCAUCAGGCCUUACCAGAAGCCUUCAAAGCUUGUUAGGUCCUCAGCCAGGGGACUUGGGCAGAAGGUAGUCCCACGAGGCACUCUUCCAUUGUAAACUGGAGUCCCAGCCUCAUGCUCUUCAAGGGUUCAACCUUCCUGCUGUUGCUUAGCAAUGCCUCUUGAUGUCCUCCUGCUUCUCCUGAAGCAACUCUUGAGAACCUGGGCUGGACUUUGAGAGGAACUCAAAUCUGCUAGUACUGAGGUGGUCAGUACCAGUGGCAGAGGGGCAGGAGAGCCUGGCACCUCUCUUCCUUUGCUCACACUGCUUGCUGUUAGGUUUGGGAGCUCUGGGGACAGCCUCUACUGAGCUGCUGAACUGGGAAUUCUCUGAGAGCACAGUGUGGUCUGCUAGUGACUAAGAAUAAGAGUCCCCUCAUCAAAAAAAAAACUUCACUCUGAAUCUGAAGUGGACUAGAAUUUGGGCCCACGCAAUUAUUCCAGUAAAACUUUGAAAUUGUUUCUAUUUGUUUAUUGCAAAUUUUCAGAAAUGGAAAAAAUAAAUCUAUUAUCAUGCUAAA